GUGUUUACGUCUGCCUUCAUCAGCAUCCUUUCCCUCCAGCAUAAGCACAAUUAUAACCCCGCACACCAGCUUGCAUGCAAUUAUCAUAGCCCGGGUGCCCCUCCGUUGACGGACUUCGACCCCGAGGAUCGCCGACUUCUGUGAAUGACAAAUCAAAAGUCAGGGUUGCAGAAUCAGCCGGACUCUCCUGCUUAUUUGCAGCAGAGGGAGGAAGGAAAGAAUGAAAGAUUCUGAAAAUAAAGGUGCCUCAGCUCCAGACAUGGAGCCCAGCUAUGGGGGUGGUCUCUUUGACAUGGUGAAAGGAGGUGCAGGGAGGCUCUUCAGUAAUCUAAAGGACAACUUGAAAGACACCCUCAAAGACACAUCUUCUAGAGUUAUACAAUCUGUUACCAGCUACACGAAGGGAGAUUUAGACUUCACUUACGUUACUUCAAGAAUUAUUGUGAUGUCCUUUCCUCUGGACAGUGUUGACAUAGGAUUCAGGAAUCAGGUUGAUGACAUCCGAAGCUUUUUGGAUUCCAGACAUCUUGACCACUACACAGUGUACAAUCUGUCGCCCAAGUCUUAUCGAACUGCCAAGUUUCACAGCAGGGUCUCAGAAUGCAGUUGGCCCAUUAGGCAGGCGCCCAGUUUGCACAACCUCUUUGCUGUGUGUCGGAAUAUGUAUAACUGGCUACUACAGAACCCCAAAAACGUCUGUGUCGUACACUGCUUGGAUGGACGGGCAGCAUCGUCAAUUCUGGUUGGUGCUAUGUUCAUUUUCUGUAAUCUCUACUCUUCUCCUGGCCCAGCUGUUCGAUUGCUAUAUGCAAAGCGACCAGGAAUCGGACUUUCACCAUCCCACAGAAGAUAUCUGGGCUAUAUGUGUGACCUACUUGCGGACAAACCCUACCGCCCUCAUUUCAAACCUCUCACGAUUAAGUCGAUCACUGUCAGUCCAAUUCCUUUUUUUAACAAACAGAGAAAUGGAUGUCGCCCUUACUGUGAUGUAUUGAUUGGAGAAACUAAAAUAUAUACCACCUGCACAGAUUUUGAACGAAUGAAAGAAUAUCGUGUCCAAGAUGGAAAAAUCUUCAUUCCUUUAAGCAUCACUGUGCAAGGAGAUGUGAUUGUUUCCAUGUAUCACUUGAGGUCAACCAUUGGGAGUCGACUGCAGGCUAAGGUGACCAACACACAGAUAUUCCAGCUUCAGUUUCAUACUGGAUUCAUACCACUGGACACAACAGUUCUGAAGUUCGCUAAACCUGAGUUGGAUGCAUGUGAUGUACCAGAAAAAUAUCCUCAGCUGUUUCAGGUGACACUGGAUGUGGAGCUACAGCCCCAAGACAAAGUGAUAGACUUAACCCCGCCCUGGGAGCAUUACUGCACAAAAGAUGUCAAUCCCAGCAUCCUCUUCUCUUCUCAUCAGGAGCAUCAGGACACUUUGGUCUUAGGAGGACAGGCUCCAGUCGAUAUCCCUCCAGACAACCCCAGGCAUGUUGGGCAAGGUGGCUUCUUUUCCUCUCUCUGCUGGCAAGAUCAGAAAUCAGAGAAGUCGUUCUGCGAGGAGGACCACGCUGCCCUGGUGAAUCAGGAAAGUGAGCAGUCGGACGAUGAACUUCUGACUCUUUCUAGUCCACAUGGUAAUGCCAAUGGUGACAAACAUCAUGGAGCCAAGAAGCCCAGCAAAAAGCAGCAGGAACCAGCUGCGCCUCCGCCCCCCGAGGACGUGGACCUUCUGGGCCUAGAAGGAUCUGCUGUGAGUAAGACCUUCUCUCCGCCAGCGGCUCCUCCCACCAAUUCUGAACUGCUGAGUGACCUGUUUGGGGGUGGAGGCGUGGCUGGCCCGGCCCAGGCUGCACAGUCAGGGGUGGACGACGUCUUUCAUCCUAGUGGACCUGCAUCCACCCAGACGACACCACGCCGUUCUGCCACCUCCACCUCCGCGUCGCCAACCCUAAGAGUGGGAGAAGGUGCCACCUUUGACCCAUUUGGAGCACCUUCAAAACCAUCAGGUCAGGAUUUGCUGGGUUCUUUUCUGAACACAUCCAGUGCAUCCAGUGACCCCUUCCUUCAGCCUACAAGAAGUCCUUCACCUACAGUGCACGCUUCUAGUACACCAGCUGUGAACAUUCAGCCAGAUGUUUCAGGAGGCUGGGACUGGCAUGCUAAACCAGGAAGUUUUGGAAUGGGAAGCAAGUCAGCUGCCACCAGCCCAACAGGAUCUUCACAUGGCACUCCCAUCCAUCAGAAUAAACCCCAGACUCUGGACCCUUUUGCUGACCUUGGGGCACUUGGUAGUUCCUCGUUUGCCAGCAAACCCACCACACCAACUGGAUUGGGUGGAGGAUUUCCACCUCUUAGCUCACCACAGAAGGCAUCUCCCCAGCCUAUGGGUGGAGGGUGGCAGCAGGGUGGGGGCUACAGCUGGCAGCAGUCACAGCCCAAGCCACAGCCCAGCAUGCCCCACUCGUCGCCACAGAACCGACCCAACUACAACGUGAGCUUCUCGGCCAUGCCUGGGGGCCAGAAUGAACGUGGGAAAGGAUCAACUAAUUUAGAUGGGAAACAGAAAGCAGCUGAUUUUGAAGACCUGCUCUCUGGUCAAGGCUUCAAUGCACACAAAGACAAAAAGGGGCCUCGAACAAUAGCUGAGAUGAGAAAGGAGGAAAUGGCUAAGGAAAUGGAUCCUGAGAAAUUAAAGAUUCUGGAAUGGAUUGAAGGCAAAGAAAGAAACAUCAGAGCGCUUCUCUCCACAAUGCACACCGUGCUGUGGGCUGGGGAGACCAAGUGGAAGCCAGUUGGCAUGGCAGACCUGGUAACACCAGAGCAGGUGAAGAAGGUAUACAGGAAGGCUGUCCUGGUGGUGCACCCGGAUAAAGCUACUGGGCAACCCUACGAACAGUAUGCAAAGAUGAUUUUCAUGGAACUGAAUGAUGCCUGGUCUGAAUUUGAAAAUCAGGGCCAGAAGCCCUUGUAUUAACCAGUGAGCUUCCCCAUCUCUGCUGCAGACCUGUGCUAAUGCUUAGUGUGUGUCACAAUUCUGAGGUGUUCACAGAUGAACCAAAAAUUCCAGUAACACGUUUCCCAUACUAAACUUUUAAAUUAUUCGUGAAUUAAUUCCUCAGUGAUAAGGAAUGUGGAUGUUUGGUUUCUCGAAGUCCCCAGCAUAAAAUGUCCAAAGCAUGAGAGGAAUUUUAGUCAGAUGGCCUUGCAGAGUUACAACAUUCCAGCCUGCCCUUGGGGAGCCUACUCAGCAUUUUGCCCCGGAAAAGUGGAAAUAGAGGCCACAAAAGGCACAACACCCAUCUCAUUGAGAAUAGGAGUAAAUGAGCAAAACUUAAGAUAAUAGAAUUAUAUGAUGGUUUUAAAUAAUGGUUUUUAGAUUUUCUGGAAAAGAUGUAAUUUGAGCAACGGUUUUACAUAGACUUGAGGAACACAACCAGCAAGUUUUUCUGUUUUGUUUGUUUGUUUUAAUGGAAAUUUACUAUGGCCUUUAGCAUACUGUACACUUCUUUUGGUCAAGAGGACUAACAAAUGUAAAAGAGCCUGAAUUGUGGGAAGUGAUUAUACUACAAUCCAUUGAGUACCACUGUCUGUUCCUGGGUAAAUGAAAAAUUAGUGAACAUGCUGGCUAAAGAAAAUAGGGACUGUGAGGAUGUCAGAACCUUUAUUCCUGGUCAAGGGGUUGGGCUACUACCUUCCAUUCCCUUCAGAAGACUGUGGUCGAUUAAAGAAAAAAAAUCUUAAAUAGCAUAACAACUCUAAACUCGACUUGAAAGAAACUUCUAAUUUUGCCAUCAGGCUUGAUGCUCUGCUUUUGCUUAGCCAAGAAUGUUCUUAGCUGGAAACAGAUUGUGAAGCAGUUUGGCCUGUUCACAGUUUAUCAGGACUGACGUCCAGUGUGGACUCAGUAUUCUCUGGGCUUAUGAGUGGUUGUGGUAAGAGAAUAGAAGAAGACAACGCUGAACACCUGGCCCGAGAAAUGCACAGAUGCAGUGAGAGCUGUGCUCUCACCAUCAGACCGACUCAGAUGUCUUAUCAGUAUUUUGCUUUGAGGAACCAGGCUCCACACCCCCACCCCACCUGGAGAAUCUGGACCACUUGGAUCAAUACAAUGGAGUAUAUUAUUUUAAAAGUAGCUGGAGGUCCAAAGGAACAACAUUCACACAGGGGCAUCUGUGGAAACAAAACAAGAAUGAAACCUUUCCAGACCUCAGACCAGCUGGAUUUCAGUUCAGUGUUUGGGCUGUUUCUCAUUCUGAGUGCUAAGCAGUUUGUAUCCUGUGACUCUAGUACAUCAGUUUUGGGGUACACAUAUACCGUGUGCAUAUUAUACAUAUGCAAAGCAAAUGGGCAAAAAGAUUUCCAUGCUAAUCUUAAAGGUUUGUACUCAAUAUUGUGAAAAGCUUUCAAAAAUUGUUUUUAAAUGACAAUCAUUUUUUGUUUCUAUUUUAAUUUUCUUGCAGCAAACUAUACCAGAAAAGCAGCAUGUCAAAAAUUAUUUAUGUUCUACAUAGACUCUUUUUUUUUUUGUUAUAAAGGUUUGUUAUUUAUUUUAUCUUUAACUGACAAUGUGAAACUCACAGAAAAUGUUCUCUUAAAAUACAUACAACUGUAAACUGUUCAAGAUAACCAUAACUAGAUAUUAUUUAUUAAUGUAUUAUGAUGUAAUGUUUGAUCCAGUAUGUGCUUGUCUUAUUUAAAAUCGGAAUGUGAGACAUGUUGCUGUGACCUGUGUUUUUUUCUUUCUCAUUCACAUUUGUAGAUAUUGUGUGACCUACAGUAUAUAACGAUAAUAAUUAAAAGGAUAUUAUGUGGAUGUCACGUACAUUUUGAAAUGAUAGACCUAUAUUAGCUUUGUAUCACAUUUGGAUAAUUCAUCAAAGUUCACAGUUUAAAACAUCAUCAAAUUAAUGCUGUGUAAUUAGCAAUGAGAAAGAAUCUUACCUAACUUAAAUUUGGGGAUUUUUCCACAUAUCUCUUUUCCAGAUACAUUAUAAUUCUGGAUCCCUAUUUAUCUCAAAACUCGUAACAUAUGCAGACCAACAGGUUUUUGCAUUUCUUUUAAAUAUCUGGUUGUGACAGAGCUUGUUGUUGGUCAGAUUCGCUGUUUCAUUCAUAUUUAUUGUAAUAUAUUUUUUGUUUUAUAAAUAUGUUACACACAACAAAACGUGAUUGGUCUAAAAUAUUUGUAAUGUAUAUUAAAAGGCUCAAAAAUAUUUGUAGAAACUUAAAUUAUUUUCAUACUUGUGGGACUAUGAUAAGAAGCUUGAAUUACAGUUUCCAAUGUGAUUCACUUUUCAGGCAAGUUAUGGGGAAAGGAUAUGAAAAACAUAUAAUACAUUUGCAUGGAAAUGUAAUCUGACAGGAUUUCUGGAUUUAUACUGUAAACACCC